CAAACUGCUAAGGAGAGAGCUGCGGCCGAGGCCCGAGGGGAGGCAGUUGCGGAGUUCCUUGCUGAGGGCUGGAGGGCCGAGGGCCAUAAGGAGUGGGUUGCCUCCGUGGUGGCAGCCUCGGUGGACGCUUGGGUAGAAGGCCCCGGGGUUGACUGGCUGACCGAUAGGGGCGACGCCUACUAUCAGGGGGGUGAGUUUUUUACCCAGCACCUGAUAUACCGGAGGCUCGCCAGGCACUUCGGUGUAUCCCUCGAACAAUUUGACCCCUCGGUAUACGGCCUCCCUCCGUUGCAACCAGAUGUCAGAGUUCCCCUCCCCCCGGGUGAAGAGCGGCCAACAAUCUAUGAUUCUGUGAUGAUGGGGGGUGACGGGGUUGGAGCCGUCGGGGGUGAUGCUGCCGGAGAAGAAGUCUCCUCCAAGGCUGUCGUGGAAGAUGCCCCCGGUGACAACGAGGCUGAAGCUGCCGAGAAGACUAUUACUUAGUCAAUUUUUUUAAAAAAAAGCCUUGUAAUGAAACUUUUGUUGCCCCUCGGCUUUGGCCACACUCUGUAAUGAUCACAUUGACUAUUUUUGUGUUGUAAUUGAAUGAUUGCCUUCGGGCUUGGUGUAUAUGAUAUGCUUCCUUCUGAUCUGUUCAUUGUUGAAUGUAUGCCUUCGUCUUUGUUUUGAAUGUAUGUC